AUGAAGAUUGGUUUGAGAAGAGAGAUCUUUUUCUUAAUUUGGAAUUCUUCUAAUUUAGGGUGCUUGGGGGAUCGUUCCCAUUUGGGAGGGGAUAAUGAUCAAUUUAGGAUUUCAUCCGAUGUGUAUUAUACUAUCAAGUGGACGGAUAGAGUUGAGAUGAAUGAUAGGUAUGUUACCUCGUUUUGGAUGUAUAAUUGUAUUUCUAUGAUAUCUGACUUCAGAACGUCAAGUUUGGAUGACCUUUGGUAUUGUGAUUACAGGGAGAUUGUUGUCCAGUUCAAUGCUGAUGUGGCUGAUGGAAUGCCAUGGAAGUUUGUUCCAACACAGAGAGAGGUAAGAGUCAAGCCAGGAGAGAGCGCCCUUGCAUUUUACACUGCUGAAAAUCGAAGUUCAGCUCCCAUAACUGGUGUAUCUACUUAUAACGUUACUCCAAUGAAGGCUGCAGUUUACUUCAACAAAAUACAAUGCUUUUGUUUUGAAGAGCAGCGACUUCUUCCUGGAGAGCAGAUUGACAUGCCUGUCUUCUUUUAUAUAGACCCCGAGUUUGAUAAAGAUCCAAGAAUGGACGGUAUCAACAACUUGAUUCUGUCUUAUACAUUUUUCAAGGUUUCUGAAGAAAACUAACGCUGCUUAUGCUGAGUUUGAUAAAGAUCCAAGAAUGGACGGUAUCAACAACUUGAUUCUGUCUUAUACAUUUUUCAAGGUUUCUGAAGAAAACUAACGCUGCUUAUGCUGAGUUUGAUAAAGAUCCAAGAAUGGACGAUAUCAACAACUUGAUUCUGUUACAUUUUUCAAGGUUUAUGAAGAAAACUAACGCUGCUUAUGCUGAGUUUGAUAAAGAUCCAAGAAUGGACGAUAUCAACAACUUGAUUCUGUUACAUUUUUCAAGGUUUAUGAAGAAAACUAACGCUGCUUAUGCUGUCACAAAAUAUUUUCAGUGCGAAAUUAGAGUUUCUUCUGGACAUCUAAGGAUAUACAUUCUUUGAGUUUAGUAAGAGGGGGGAAUUUGAAGACUGUAAGAAGAUGUUAUGUGCUGUACUAUAUAAUUAAUGCUCCAAAUUCAAUAGAUUUCCAGUAGCAAAAGGGUUGCUGAGUCUGUGUUUAACUGAUGCCAAGUGAUUUGAGUAAAAGCUGAUGAACUGAGAGUAAUUAUUGUUUCUUUUCCCUUUGUCUA